GUAGUAAAUUUAUCACAGUGUGUAUAAACGAUAAUUGAGGCCGAAGCCGCGAAGAAAAUCGAGAUAUCUCGAUUGGACUCUCGUGUCCGGGGAUCGAUAAAGUUGAGUCAAUCGCGAGUCGCGUCAGGUCAUCUGUCAGUCGCGUCGCGUGUGAUUCCUGGUGAUUCCGAUCAGCAGAUAUCGACAUGUCAGCGACGAUGACAGCCAAGCUGCAGGAUGACAUGAAUAGCAUACCCCUCGCAGAUGAUGAUCCGCAAGUAAUAAUACCAGAGGAAGAAAUCUUGGACAAUGCUUCGCAUAUAUCUGAUGCGCUAGGAAGAGGACGUAGUAUGGAUUCUAUCCCAUCGACAUUUACUAACGGAAGCUGUAGUCCAAAUAGUUUAGAUCCAGAUAUCAGCCCAGAUGAACAGGAAGAGAAAGCUAGACUGAUUGCGCAAGUUCUCGAAUUGCAGAAUACUUUAGAUGAUCUAUCACAAAGGGUGGAUAGUGUGAAGGAAGAAAAUUUGAAGCUGAGAAGUGAGAAUCAGGUUCUGAGUCAAUACAUUGAGAAUUUAAUGUCAGCAUCUAGCGUGUUUCAGUCAACAAGUCCUAAUACUAAGAAGAAGUAAAUAACCAAAUUAAUUAAAUAAAUUAGAUUAAAUUAUUAAAUAAAUUUACGAGCCAGCUACAGAAUCUUGAAAUAAUUAUGAUUGUUUUGACUUCUUCAAAAGUAUGUGUUUAGUCAUGCAUUUAAUUUUUUCAUUUAACAAAGGAUAAUAUAAAGCUUUUAAAAAUAUUGUGUCCAGUAUACGUAGUAUUUUCAAUUCAUCUUUGUUAAUUUGUAUACAUUUUUUAAAAAAAGCUAAGUAUUUCUGAUCAAAUAAUCUACUUUUAUCAGUCAAGUAUAAUGAAAUAUCCUUUUAAAAUAAUUAAGACUAUUUAUAAUGCAUUCACUGUGACUGUGACUUGAAAAACACGCUUAUAAUUAUGAUUAUGUGCACCAAAGAAUCUUGCAUUUUUACA